AUGAGCGCUGGGGUGCUCCCCGCCAGGAGGCAGAGAGCGCCCAGCAACACCCCAGAGGGGACCAACCAGAGCCCCACGGCCACCCAACAGCCCAUGCCCAUCUCCUCCAGACCCCGGACAUCCUUCCUCAUCCAAGAUAUUCUCUGGGAUGGGGCAGAGCGGGGAGAGAAGAAGAAGAACGGAGGGUUUGGCAGCCCAGAGGAUGGGGAGCCGGGGGUGGAGGGCAGCUUGACUGCCCCAGGGAACCCCCCCAAGAGCCCUCGUCCCCCAGGAGCAUCCCAAGCCCGAGGGACACCCCAGGAGGCGGAUGCAGAUGCCACGGCGGAGACCUACCUGUCAGAGUGUGACCCCCCCCUGCCCAUGGCCCAGCGUCCCCCCAAACAGCCCAAACGCUCCCGAGCAGCUUUUUCUCACACCCAAGUCAUCGAACUGGAGCGGAAAUUCAGCCACCAGAAAUACCUGUCGGCCCCCGAGCGAGCCCACCUGGCCAAAAACCUGCAGCUCACCGAGACCCAGGUGAAAAUCUGGUUCCAGAACAGGAGGUACAAAACCAAGAGGAAACAGGUCGCCUCGGAAAUCGGCAGAAUGGACACUCAUUUUGGGGGGCAGAAAGCCGUCGAGCUCCCCGGGGCAUCGAUACUGGCCCUGCGGGGGGGCUGGCAGUACCUGCCCUGCCUCUACUACUUGAACGGCUGGAGUCCCUCCUGGUGGUAA